AUGACUGUGUCUGUCUGUGCACUGUCUUCACAAAAUGAGAGAACUGCAGUGGUUUUCAUCAGUGUGAGUGGUGACAUCAACUUGAAGCUCCUCAAGGAGUGCUUUGAGCUUGGGCCCUUCAACAGUCUGCAUAAGCCCAGCCCAGAGGACCUGAUUGAGACGGCCCCAAAGCCAGAGGAAAAGGGGCCUCCAGGGAACACCAACACCACCAGCCCACAGGGUACUACUGGAGAGGUACAGUAUGAGAUGAAUAUGACCCAGGAGGAUCCAUGUGUCCAAACUACUGUUAGGCUAUAACACAAUACUGCAAUACUGUAAGGCUAUAACAGAUAUGCCAUUGUCAGGCACAAUGUAACAUAUUUGUUUGAUUACGUGAAUUGCAAGGUGUCAUCACAGGAUGUGAACCAGAGAAAGGAUUUGGAUCAAAGUGAAGUUACAGCCAUACCCAGUGAAGUAUCAGAGGUAAACCAAUUAUGAAGUCCUUAUGGUAUAACCUUCAUGUUCACCUAGCUAUGUGCUCUCCUUCAUCUCAUAUUGAUAUAUUAACAUUGUUUGCUCUCGUUGCAGCCGGUGGACACCCAGGCUUGUGCUGCAGAGCUUCAGGAUUCAGAAGUGACUCUGCAACCAAGAGUCUCAGAAACACCCAAUGUUUUCUGUAUUCAGUUAUUUGUCAUCAACAAGAAGUUUGAAAUUAGGUAA